AUGAGUACUGUGAAGUGGGAGCUCCAGAGGAUGAUCGCCAUGACGGCCUGUUCGAGGGGGUGCGUCAAGAUGAUGCUCUUCAGGGGAGUGGUACGCCGUGAGGCGCCAGUGCCCAGGCCCAUCGGGAAGUGCUGCACGAUGGUGCCCUGCAUGUUCAUGAUUCUCGGAAGGGGCGGCGCCAGCGCGCGUCGGGAGGCCCAUGCGGCAGCCGCUCCCGCCUUCCAGCUCACCCCGAGGGGGGCGUGGGACCCCGGCGGGUUCGGACUGCCCCUCGGCGCGGUCGACCGACGACCUCCCAGACCCGUCCGUCGAGGAGCCUCUCACGCCGCGCCCGCGUGA